AUGCCCCAGUGUCCCCAACAGGGAGUUGACCCAUAUGAUGCGGACCAGGCUGAUGAGGUGGGGAAGCUUGUUAGGGAUGUCUCUGGGCCGCAGUGUGGACAGCUCCUGGAACGGCUCUUUCAGGAUGGAAAGGAAUCGGAGGUUCGAUUGCGCUUGCUCAGACCCGUCCUGCAAAGCAAUCACCAGGGGAGAGAAGAAACUCAGACCCCAAAGUGAAAAUCCAAGGGCUCAUCUCAUCCGGGUUUCCAGCAGGCAGUCUAAUCCUGAGGAACAAGGUGACUCAGAGUCUAUUAGGCUCCCUGUGAAAGCAGGAUGCUCGGCCUGCAGGGCUCCAAGGCCCAGGUUAGACUCUCAAGGCCUUUUCGGUUUCUGCACCAAAGUAAAACUGCAUUCCCUCACCGGGAAUGCUCGAGGGGCAUCGGCAGAGCCCCGGACUGGAACAGUAGCACUGCAUGUACAUGUAACCCCUUGGGGUUUAGAGGGCAUGGCCCCUUUAAAUCUUUUUCCUACUGGGGAGGGGGAGCAGUGAGAGAAAGGAGGGAAACUUGGUGUGGCUCUGGGGCGAGCGGGGAAGAAGGGCUGCAGCAGGGAGGCCCUGGACAAAGUGAAGGAGAGAGAACCUGCCUGAAGCCGGGGAAGGACAGGACUAACACGGCUGUUCCUCUGAAACCUGCUUCCUGGAACAGCAUCCUGUGGUCAAGGGAGCCGAAGCCGAAGCCCUCCUCCUGGCAACACCAUCCUCGCAGCCAGGCAUUCACCUCCAGGAUGCUUCUGUCUCUGCCGAGGCCCCUCGCCUUGACUGGAAGGACUGAAGAGACCAGUACCUGUGCUCCCAACUCCCUCACCCUUGGACGAGUAGCCCACAUGGAUGAGUAGCAUGGGGUAGUAGUCAGUCGGCCGGAUGAUCCUCGACAAUCCCUCACAUCUCGGAUAUGGGCCCCUGACUGGCAGCAUACUUCCCGGGAUGCCAUGUCAGGGCGACAGAUGGGUGCCUCCGUCCCCCUCAGAGAGAGUCUCCAACGACCACUACCCUAUGUUCCCUCCUGGGAGUGGUGGCUGUGAUCCUCCCAGCCUUGGGGGUACAUGGCUUCUACUCUUCAACCUUUGGGGGUGAUUCCUCACUCGUUGCCAAGGCAGCAUAACUAUUCUCCGUCACCAUGGUGGGUGGGUAGGGAGUAGGGGGGGAGCACUGCCUGCUGCCAGAAGUAACCAGCAGCCAGUGUCCUCCCUGUGACAGAGCCAUGUCCUCCUCCUCUGGUGGUAUGACAGCCAUCCUCUCUAGCUGGAUAGUGUCCUCAGCCUUGGAUGUCUCCACAUGAAUACUCUCAAGGAAUUCCUCGUAGGUACGGAUGCUCCUCAGCCUAGCCACCUCCUCCUGUAGCUCUCCCACCUGCUUUCUGAGAGAUUUCACCAGCAGGUACCUUUCACACUGGAUGGUCCCCCCCCACUCUAGCUUCCCGUGAGUGGGAAAUGCAGGCCACAGUCUCUGCAAACCCACACCAGCAUCUGGGCAGAGGCAUCCAUGGUUAGGGUCUCUGUUUGGAUACAGCUGCAGGCAGGGCCGGUGCAAGGAUGUUUCGUGCCCUAGGUGAAACUUCCACCUCGUGCCCCCUUCCCCCCUGGGGAGCCCUGCGGCAGCUCCCUGCCCCCCCCCUCCAUCCUGAGACGUGCCCCCCGGCAGCUUCCCAACCCCCCCCAGCCUGGGGAGCCGUACGCCAGCUCCCCACCCCAGCUCAUCUCUACUCCGCCUCCUCCCCGAGCACGCCGCUGCCGCCCCACCUCUCCCGCCUCCCAGGCUUGCGGCGCCAAUCAGCUGUUUGGCGCCGCAAGCCUGGGAGGGAGAGAAGCAGAGCAGAGGUGAGCUGGGGAAUGGUUCCCUUGUGCGCUGUCCCCCCCUGCUACUUGCUCCAGGCGGCCCUCUCCGUGCCCCCCUGCCCCAGCUCACCUCCGCUCCACCACCUCCCCAGAGCGCGCUUUUGGCUGCCCCCAAUAAGUUGGUACCCUAGGCGGCUGCCUAGUUGCCUAGUGGUUGCACUGGCCCUGGGCGCAGGUGGAGGAGACGGGGCCCUUCCUAACCAUCACGGUAAUGUUACGACUCCCUCCUGCCAAAACUCCCUCUCUCAAACUCCCCUGCUUGCUAGCUCCCACGGGUUGCUUAGCCUCUGGCGUUUAAGGCCUUCCCUCCUAGGUCAGCCCUACCCCCUUGUUAAUCGCACAGGGGGAGGGUGAGCACGAGGCUGAUCAAGGGAACAAGGGCUCAAACUGUCCCCAAACAUACAAUCCCAAUUAGAAAAGGAAUACUUGUGGCACCUUAGCUCACGAAAGCUCAUGCUCAAAUAAAUUGGUUAGUCUCUAAGGUGCCACAAGUACUCCUUUUCUUUUUGCAAAUUUGACCCUGUAACUGAAAUAACCUGAAAGAAAAAGAAAAACACAAACAGCCAAACAAAGGUGUGUGUGUGGGGGUGCAACCAAAAAUUAUAACUCAAAGGUGGGGGGCUCAGCUCAAAAAGUUUGAAAACAGCUCAGGGGGCAGGGAGGGGUAGCUAGGGGCUUUGUGUGGGCAGGAGGUAGCUCAGGGUGCAGGGAGGGAGUGGGUAGGGGCUGUGUGUGGGUGGGGUAGCUGGGUCUGUGUGCAGGCAGGGGCUGUGUGCCAGGAGGGCUCCUCUGCAGUCCCUGUUUCCUUGAGGGCUCUGCCAGCCACGGACCUGGGUCCCCCGUCCAGGUAGCUCUAAAGGGGGGGCUGGGAGCUAUGGAACAGCUUCAACCCCCUACAGCAGCAGAAGACCAGGGAACCCCCCCUCUGGCUUCCUGCCUCCGACCUGGCCAGGGGGUGGGGAGAGAAGGAGGUGCGGGGGGUGGAGCUGCCCCAAGACUGCCCUGCUCUUGCCCUGUAGAUUGGGGGGGAGCAAUGCCCCCUGUGCCCCCCAACUCUGCCCAUGGGCUAUCAGCUUCUGCCCUGUGGGGAGUACUGGGGCUCGGGGCUCUGGAAUUCAGCCAGCUGUUCCUGGCUUUAGCCCCGUGGGGGGUGCUGAGGAUAGGGGCUUCAACACCCCAGCUCCUGGCUUCAGCCCCAUGGGAAGUGUUGGGGCUUGGGCUCUGGGUUUUAGCUGCAGGGCCCCACAGCCCCCCUGUUGAGAACUGCUGCUCUAGGAGCAUUCCCUGUGUUUUAUUGGAAGCCACCAGAAUCAAACCACAGCUGCAGCAAGUAUUCAGAGCUAGGCCUUGCAUACGAAAGCGGAGUCUGAAUGAGUCCUCCCCUGGCAUCUUGAUGAGCUGUGGAAGAGGAUUUCAGGAGCUGAUCUCACAGCCACCCUGCCUAGGUGCUCAGCGUGAUGGGACUGCUUGCCCAAAUGAUCACUUUUGGCUGGUGUUGGAUCCCCAGUUUCCCUCUUGUUGGGGCAGGAGUAAUAAAGGGUUGUUAACCUUGUUGUGUGAAUCGAGGGCAGCAGAACUGUACAGUAAUUCCUCCCUCAACGUGGUAGUUACAUUCCUGAAACAUGCUACGUUAAGCAAAAUGAUGUUAAGUGAAUCCAAUUUCCCCAAAAGAGUUAAUGUAAAUGGGGGGUGGGGGGAUGGUGUUAGGCUCCAGGGACAUUUUUUUCGCUUGGUUGGGGUGGUGGAGGGAGGGGGUGGGCUACUUCCCCGAUGCCUCGCUGCUAAAUGAUGAACUAGUGCUGGGCUGAGCCCUCGGGGGUGAACACGGCGUUGUUAAUGUAGCCCCCCACUCUACAAGGCGGCACCCAUGGAGGGAGGAGACGCAGCCUGGCAGAGACACACAACAAACCCAACUGUGGCUUGCCUCGGGCACUCUGUGCCGGCAACGUGUGUGUGAGACACACGCCGUGUGUGUGACAAAGACACACUCGUGUGUGUGUGUGUGUGUGUGUGUGUGCAUGAGUGACACCCACUGUGAGAGUGACAAAGACACACUCUGUGUGUGCAUGAGUGACACCCACUGUGAGAGUGACAAAGACACAUAUUGUGUGUGCAUGAGUGACACCCACUGUGAGAGUGACAAAGACACACUCUGUGUGUGCAUGAGUGACACCCACUGUGAGAGUGACAAAGACACACUCUGUGUGUGCAUGAGUGACACCCACUGUGAGAGUGACAAAGACACACUCUGUGUGUACAUGAGUGACACCCACUGUGAG